UUCUCCUCUUCUCCUCUUCCGCUCUCCCCUCUUCCCAGUUAUUAAGGGUUCUCCGCCUUUAACAUUCCCUCAGCCUUAAUCUAGUAUAGCUAAAAUCUUUACUGAAGGAUUUGUAGUUUGUUCUCACUAUGCUCCAACCUCACCUUUCCACACCCCACUCCACUCCGUACAAAAAAACGUAACCCUUUUUUGCAUCUCCUAUACCCCUUUUCAUAGCUGGAAAUUUAUCUAAUGAGUACUCUCGGAUCUGUUUUUGUUAAAAGUGCAGUUAGCGGCGAUACUCUGAAUGUGCUUGUUAAAAAAAGCCCAAACCAAAUUCUGGAACGCACUGUAUCGUUAGCUUAUAUCGAAUGCCCUCGUUUUAAGCGUGAAGGUGACGAUCCCUUCGCUUUCGAGGCACAGGACUUUGUCCGUAAGGCUAUUGUGGGAAAGCCCGUACAGUUGACGAUCUCAUACAUUGUUCCAUCGACGCAGAGAGAGUAUGGACGCAUUUCCUUCAAAGGAGAGGACCUCACAACGGCAUUGCUCGAUGCUGGUUUAGCCAAGCUGCGUCCAGAAGCUCGUAAGCGUGAUGAUGGUCCCGAUUCUUACCAUGCAAUCCUUCAAAAGGCGGAAGAGGUUGCCCAGCACAAGAAACUUGGCAUCUGGGGUCCUGCAAAUGCCGCAGUCAACACGUCCCAAACGGACCCCUUGAAGCCUGCUGCUUACUUGCAAGCACACAAGACCGAGAAGAUCAACGCCAUCAUUACUCAAGUUCGCGAUGGAGACAACUUCCGUGUUCGCCUGCUGAUGAAGCCUAAGCAACAUCAGUUCAUCACUCUUGCUUUGGCUGGUGUCCGUUGCCCUCGCUCUAAGCGGUACGGAAACAACGAGACUGAAGCCGAGCCUUUUGGCGAUGCUGCGAAGUCUUUUGUCGAGAGCCGUUUGCUUCAGCGUAAUGUAAUCGUUGAGCUCUUGGGUCUUGCUCCUAACAACAUUACUUUCAUUGGAAGAGUUCUGCACCCUGCUGGCAACAUCGCAACUGUUCUUUUGUCUGCUGGUUUGGCUCGCGUUGCUGACUAUCAUGGCUCCAUUCUCGGUGCCGAUGCCAUGGGCAAGCUUAGACAAAUUGAGCGUCAAGCAAAGGUCGAGAACAAGGGUAUGUGGAAAGACGCUUCCUUUGUAAACACUGCAAUGGACAAGAGUAAUGCCAACGACUACGAAGCGGUUGUUACCCGCGUGAUUUCUUCCGACAGUUUGGAGAUUGCCAAGGCGGAUGGUACUGAGAAGCGUAUUCAACUCAGCAGCGUUCGUCAUCCUCGUCCCGCCGUUGAGAAAGAGUCCUCUUACCAGCUUGAGGCUCGGGAAUUUCUGAGAAAGAAGCUCAUUGGUAAACAGGUUACCGUGUCCACCGACUUUGUCCGCCCUGGACAAAAUGGUCUUCCUCCUGUUGACGCAUGCACUGUGACGCUCCCUGACGGAACGAAUGCCGCUAUGUUGGUGGUGGAAAACGGUUACGCAUCGGUUGUGCGCCAUCGUCGUGAAGACUUGGACCGUUCUCCCCUUUAUGACCAUCUGCUUGAAACCGAGGCUAGAGCCCAACAAGCUAAGAAGGGUAUGUGGUCUGGCAAGAAGUCUGCAUUGAAGGAACCAGUCAACGCAUCAGAGUCGGUGGUUCGUUCUCGUCAGUACCUUCCUUCUUUGCAAAAGAGCAAGCGCCUGUCUGCGGUCAUUGAGUUCGUUGUUAGCGGUUCCCGUUUCAGAUGCUACUCCCAAAAGGAGAACUGUAACUUUGCAAUUGCUUGUGCCGGUAUUCGUACUCCUCGUUAUAACAAAACUGAAAACAGCGAACGCUGUGGUGAAGAGGCCUACAACGUCUCGAAGCCUCUUCUUCAAAAGGAUGUAGAGUUAGAGAUUCUCAGUGUCGAUAACAGUGGAUGCUUUAUCGGAAACAUUUACACUUCUCGGAACGACAGCAUUGCUGAAGUUCUUCUUGAAAAGGGUUUGGCUUGGUCGCAAGGAUACCCUAAUCAAUCUAAUGUUCAAAGAACUGUCUAUGAUGAGGCUGAACAACGGGCUAAGGCUCAGAGAAUCGGUCUUUGGGAGAACUACGUUGAGCCUACCGAAAAGCAAACCGUGAAGACUACCGACACUGACACUGCUUCAAAGGGUAAGACCUAUGUUGAUGUCGUGUUGAGUGAUAUCGGAGAUGAAGGCAAGUUUUCUUUCCAGAUUGUUGGUGACGAGGUGAAACAAUUGGAGGGACUCAUGAAAUCUUUGGCUGCCUACAAGGCAAAUGCACAAUCUCUUGAUGGCCAAAUCAAGGUUGGUGCUAACAUUGCCGCCCUCUCCUCCUAUGAUAACGCUAUGUACAGAGCACGCAUUCUUCGUUGUGAUCGCGACAACAACAUCGCUGAUGUGGUGCUCUAUGAUUACGGAAGUGUUGAGCAGAUUCCCUUUAAGAAUCUUUUUUCUUUGCCCGAAAAUUACCGUGUCCUGAAACCUCAAGCGCACACUGCCACUCUUACGUUUGUUCAAUUCCCUUCUACUGGUUCGGACUAUGCUGAUGAUGCUAAAGCCACUUUACAUAAACUUACUGCCAACAAACAGUUUGUCGCUUGUAUUGAUGGUGAAAACAAUAACGUCCUUUCUGUUACACUUAUUGAUCCUCAAGUGGGCUCCGAUUUUGAGCAAUCAAUUAAUGCACAGCUGGUUGAAGAAGGUGUUGCUAGUCUUCUGCCAAAGAAAAAGCGCUCUAUUCUUGGCGAUCCCGCGCUCUUAGAGGCUUUGACUGAAUUGCAGGAAAACGCUCGUCGUUCGCAUAUCGGUAUGUGGACCUACGGCGACCCCCUUGAUUAUGAGGAUUAGUUAUGUCUAAGUAAACAGAAUAGAAAAUUAUGGUUUAUUAAUAGAAGCAAAAAAUUGCCUAUCAUUGCACAGCCGUCUUUCAGGAA